AUGGGUUGUGGUGUACUGUGCACGCCGUAUACGCAACAAGAUAUUGAUGCUGAAAUCGCCGCUUUUACACCUCGUUUACCUGUAGCCGUACUUAUGAAUGGUGGUAUUAUCAAGCUUGAAGGUGCAAAUGGAUUUUUCAAUCCGAAUUCUCUUCUCGAUCCGAGUUGGCUAAAAGGUAAAAUGACACCGCAACAAUAUUACGAAGCGAUCGAUUAUAUUAAUAAAUGCACCGGUUACACUCAUAUUGGUCUGUCUAGGAGUUUUCCGGUACAUGAACGACAGAUGCGUCAACAAUUAAGAGUUCAAGCAGGGAUGGCUGCAGUAGAAAAGAUCAAUGAAAAUAAUCCAUCAGUUCAUUUUACUUAUCAACAAACAGCCGAAAGCAAAGAAAUGGAUACAAGCUGGAGUACAGAUCCAGCUAUGCGCUAUGGGCAUCAACGUCGUGCUCGCAUUGGUCAUUCCACAGUGACAGAACUUUAUAUUACUGUCAAUUGA